AAUUAGACCACAGCUAGCCAAAGAGAAGAUUGAAGGAUGCCAUAUUUGUACAUCUGUUACACCUGGUGAACCUCAAGUGUUCUUGGGAAAAGAUAAGGCCUUCACUUUUGAUUACGUCUUCAACAUUGACUCACAGCAAGAAGAGAUCUAUAUACAGUGUAUAGAAAAACUGAUUGAAGGCUGCUUCGAAGGCUAUAAUGCCACUGUCUUUGCUUAUGGACAAACAGGUGCUGGCAAAACAUACACCAUGGGCACUGGAUUUGAUGUCAACAUAACAGAGGAGGAACAAGGCAUUAUAUCACGUGCUGUUAAGCAUCUUUUCAGAUGUAUUGAAGAAAAAAAACAAGCUGCUAUUAAACAAGGACUUCCACCUCCAGAUUUUAAAGUGAAUGCACAGUUCUUAGAGCUUUACAAUGAAGAAAUUCUUGAUCUGUUCGAUACCACACGUGAUAUCGAUGCAAAGAAUAAAAAAUCAAAUAUUAAAAUACAUGAAGAUUCAGCGGGAGGAAUUUAUACAGUGGGUGUUACAACCCGAACAGUGAAUGGAGAAUCAGAGAUGAUGCAGUGCCUGAAGCUGGGGGCUUUGUCUCGAACCACUGCCAGCACUCAGAUGAAUGUUCAGAGCUCACGGUCACAUGCCAUCUUCACCAUACACUUGUGUCAAACCAGAGUCUGCCCUGCGUUUAACACCGAUAAUGCCACCGAUAACAGGAUAAUAUCUGAGUCUUCUGAGAUGAAUGAAUUUGAAACUCUUACUGCCAAGUUCCAUUUUGUUGAUCUAGCAGGAUCUGAAAGGUUAAAGCGGACAGGAGCUACAGGAGAAAGGGCAAAAGAAGGCAUUUCCAUCAACUGUGGACUACUGGCCCUUGGCAAUGUAAUAAGUGCUCUGGGAGAUAAAAGUAAGAAGGCAACUCACGUACCAUACAGAGAUUCAAAGCUUACAAGGCUACUUCAAGACUCUCUUGGGGGAAACAGUCAAACGCUCAUGAUAGCCUGUGUGAGCCCCUCAGAUCGAGACUUCAUGGAAACCCUGAACACACUGAAGUAUGCCAACCGGGCGCGGAACAUCAAGAACAAGGUGGUGGUUAAUCAGGACAGGGCCAGCCAGCAAAUAAACGCUCUGCGCAGUGAGAUCGCACGGCUGCAGAUGGAACUCAUGGAGUACAAAACAGGUAAAAGGAUUAUAGAUGAAGAAGGUGUUGAGAGCAUCAAUGACAUGUUUCAUGAAAAUGCAAUGCUGCAAACAGAAAACAACAACCUGCGUGUCAGAAUUAAAGCCAUGCAAGAGACCAUUGAUGCUCUGAGAGCCAGAAUAACACAACUGAUGAGUGAUCAGGCCAACCAGGUGCUAGCCAGAGCAGGAGAAGGAAAUGAAGAGAUUAGCAACAUGAUUCAUAAUUAUAUCAAGGAAAUUGAAGAUCUCAGAGCAAAAUUGUUAGAAAGUGAAGCAGUGAAUGAAAAUCUUCGACGCAACUUAUCAAGAGCUUCAACGAGAUCCACGUACUUUGGUGGUCCAUCAGCAUUUUCUGCUUCUAUGCUUUCUUCAGAGAAAGAGACAAUGGAAAUUCUAGACAUAGCCAAGAAAGAUCUAGAAAAGCUGAAAAAAAAAGAAAGGAAAAAGAAAAAGAGGCUACAGAAACUUGAGGAAAGCAGUCAAGAAGAAAGAAGUGUUAAAGAGGAUAACACAGAUAACGAGCAGGAGAAGAGAGAUGAAAAAGGCACUUCGGAGAGAGAGAAUAAUGAAUUGGAAGCAGAGGAAGUUCAAGAAGUAAGUGAUCAUGAGGAUGAAGAAGAGGAAGAUGAUGAGGAUGAAGAUGAUAUGGAAGUUGUUGAAAGCUCUGAUGAAUCAGAUUCUGACUCUGAUGAAAAAGAAAAUUAUCAAGCUGACCUGGCAAAUAUCACCUGUGAAAUCGCCAUUAAGCAGAAACUGAUCGAUGAGCUAGAGAACAGCCAGCGAAGGUUGCAAACACUGAAAAAACAGUAUGAAGAGAAACUAAUGAUGCUACAACAUAAAAUUCGAGACACUCAGCUUGAAAGAGAUCAGGUCCUUCAAAAUUUGGGUUCUGUAGAGACCUAUUCAGAAGAAAAGGCAAAAAAAAUCAAGUCAGAAUAUGAAAAGAAACUCCAAGCCAUGAAUAAAGAACUGCAGAGACUUCAAACAGCGCAAAAGGAACAUGCACGACUGCUUAAAAAUCAGUCUCAAUAUGAAAAGCAACUGAAGAAAUUGCAGCAAGAGGUGACAGAGAUGAAGAAAACCAAGGUUCGCUUGAUGAAACAAAUGAAAGAGGAGCAGGAGAAAGCUCGAAUGACUGAGUCUAGAAGAAACAGAGAGAUUGCACAGCUUAAGAAGGAGCAACGCAAACGAGAGCAUCAACUCAAGCUCCUGGAAGCUCAGAAAAGAAAUCAAGAAGUUAUCUUACGUCGCAAAACUGAAGAGGUUACAGCCCUUCGUCGGCAGGUAAGGCCUCUGUCUGAUAAAGUGGCAGGAAAAGUAACUCGAAAGCUGAGCCUGCCUGAGCAUCCUAUACAGGAAGCAACUUCUAGCUCAGCAGUUGAGCAUGAUGGUUCAAGAACAUCAGUACAGCAGAAGAUGAGAAUUCCUGUUGCGAGGGUUCAAGCAUUAUCUGUAACUGCAACAAAUGGAACAGGAAAGAAGUAUCAGCGGAAAGCAGUGACAAGCAGAGUUUACUCCUCAAGGGCUGCCAGGAUGAAGUGGCAGCUUCUCGAACGCAGAGUGACUGAUAUCAUUAUGCAGAAGAUGACCAUUUCCAACAUGGAGGCAGAUAUGAACAGGUUACUCACGCAACGUGAAGAACUUACAAGAAGAAGAGAAAAGCUUUCAAAGAGAAGGGAGAAGCUCAUCAAGGAUGGAGGUGGCAGUGAAGUGGAUAGAAAUGUCCAAAACAUAAAUGAAGAGAUGGAGUCGCUAACUGCAAAUAUAGACUACAUUAACGACAGCAUUUCUGACUGCCAAGCAAAUAUUAUGCAAAUGGAGGAAGCAAAGGAAGAAGGAGAGACCUUGGAUGUGACAGCAGUGAUUAAUGCUUGCACUCUGACAGAAGCUCGCUAUUUGCUUGAUCACUUCCUCACGAUGGGUAUCAAUAAGGGUCUCCAAGCAGCUCAAAAAGAAGCUCAAAUCAAAGUUCUUGAGGGACGCCUUAAGCAGACAGAAAUUACUAGUGCUACUCAAAACCAGUUGCUGUUUCAUAUGCUAAAAGAAAAAGCUGAGUUAAAUCCUGAACUUGAUGCUUUGCUUGGUCAUGCUUUGCAAGACCUAGAUAGCAUACCGCUGGAAAAUUUGGAAGAUAGUACUGAUGAGGAUGCCCCAUUGCAUAGUCCUGGGACAGAAGGAAGUUCGUUAUCUUCAGAUCUUUUGAAGCUUUGUGGUGAAGUCAAACCCAAAAGCAAGGCCCGCCGGAGGACCACUACCCAGAUGGAAUUGCUGUAUGCAGACAGCAGCGAGUCAGUCUCUGACGUUAGUGCUGCAGACCCUGCUUUGGCUGGCCCUCUUCCAUCAGUUGCAGAAACUCAAGAAAGUGGGAUGACUGCUGACACAAAUGAUACUUCUGCUAGGGACAGAGAGUUUAUUCCCCCACCAUCUGGCUUACCUUCUAAGAUAGGCAGCAUUUCUAGACAGCCAUCUUUGUCAGAGAAGAAGAUACCUGAGCCUUCACCGAUAGCAAAGAGAAAAGCCUAUGAGAAAACAAUGGAAAAGACAAAGGCAAAAGAACAAAAACUCUCAGAUACUGGAGGCCCAGAGGCUAGUCUGUCACCUCCUACUUCCCCACCAAGCCGGCCCCGUAAUGAAAUGAAUNNNNCUGAUACCUAUAUUCUUUCUCCUCACAAUUCCACCACUGUUGACUGUAGGUCUGAUGAAAGUGAUUCCUCUCUGUCGGAGGUACACAGAAGCGCGUGACAGGGGAUAAUCAACCCAUUCCCUGCUUCAAAAUGCAUCCGAUCAUCCCCGCUUCAGUGUAUCUAUACAGCUGAAGGCCAUAUCAAGGCUGUGCUUUGUGUUGAUGCAACUGAUGACCUCCUCUUUACUGGAUCUAAAGAUCGUACCUGUAAAGUCUGGAAUCUGGUAACUGGACAAGAGAUUAUGUCUCUAGGGGGUCAUCCAAAUAACGUUGUUUCUAUAAAAUAUUGCAACUACACUAGCCUGGUGUUCACAGUCUCAACCUCCUAUAUUAAGGUGUGGGAUAUCAGAGAUUCUGCUAAGUGUAUUCGGACAUUGACAUCUUCUGGCCAAGCGAUGCCUGGUGAUGUGUGUUCAGGAAGUACUAACAGAACAGUCACUAUCCCAGCUGGAGAGAACCAGAUCAACCAAAUUGCACUGAAUCCAACAGGCACAUUCCUCUAUGCAGCUGCUGGAAACUCAGUGAGGAUGUGGGACCUGAAAAGGUUUCAGUCUACAGGAAAGCUAACUGGCCACCAGGGUCCUGUUAUGUGCCUUACUGUAGAUCGAAUUUCCAAUGGACAAGAUCUUAUUGUCACUGGUUCAAAGGAUCAUUAUAUAAAG